AUGGCAGUGCGGAAUAGGCAGGACAACCAAACUAGGAAUGAGCACGUUGACAACAGAUCCACUUCCUCAUCAACCACCACAAGUGCUGCUGCACUUCCUCCAAGUGGAUAGCGCUCCUCAGUCACUGCCACCGAGAAAUGGCAAGAAGAAUCCAAGGAGGGAAAGAAUUCGGUGCCCUCAAGUCUGCACAGGAAGAAAGACUCAACAGAAUCAAUGAGGAAUUCCUCUCAGACACUCAAUAUGAAGAAGUGGAAGACCUUUCAACAAAGCUUGAAUUGUUUAAAACUAAAUUCAUGGAAUUUGAUCUGGAUAUCAGCGGAGAUUUAGACAUCAUGGGACUUAAACAAAUGUUGGAGAAACUGGGCAAGGCCAAGACCCACUUGGAGCUGAAAAAGAUUCUGUCUCAGGUGUCUGCAGGGGAGACCAUCUCCUACAGAGACUUUCUCCACAUGAUGUUGGGCAAGAAUAACUCAAUUCUGAAACUGAUUCUGAUGUUUGAAGACAUGGGCAAGGACAAGAAACCUGCGGAGACCGGACCGCCGGGGCGCAGGACAUUCGCUGACCUACCCUGACCUGCUCUGACCUGCCCUAACCUACCCUGGUCUACCUGACCUACCCUGGCCUAUCCUUUCCUCACUGAAGGCCAACGCUUGCCUACCCUGAAUGCCUCCAGAUCACAUUCACUCCACUGGGCUUCAAAUCAGCAGCCUGGAGUUCGGCUUUAUGCAGAAAAAUAAAUAGAAAUUAAAUGCUU